AUGUUCAUCGGCGCUGCGCAGAAGCAAGCUUUGAAUGAACUCGGUCAACAUUUUAUUAUGCUUUUACGUGUUGCAUAUGUCUAUGACAUCGGUACAACACUUGAUGAGACAUAUGCUCAUGGAGUCGUGAAAUUGAUCAUUCAAGAUAGCGUCGAGCAAUGUCAAAAUAACGCGAAGUUCGAAGACGAUCUGCUCAAAACAGAUGCACAAGUUGAAGAAACAAUCAAACAAGCACAAAAAUAA